AUGGAGGGAGUUGGGGCCCGACUCGGGCGGUCCUCGACCCGGUACGGACCAGCCACGGUGUUCACUGGGCCGGUGAGGAAGUGGAAGAAGAAGUGGGUCCACGUAGCACCAUCCUCUAACACCAACAACGCUAGUUCUACCACCCAUCACUCUCAUCAGAUUAACGGCCACAACGGCACCUCUAACGGUAAUAACGGCUCGCAUCUCUUGCUUUACAAGUGGACCCCAAUUACCCAAAGCCAAAACACAGCCAUUAGCAACAAUAAUAACGCAGUCACCAAUGGCAAUGGGGGGGACAAGGUUUCUGCGAAGGACGACGAUGCAUUGGUGGCUAACGAGGAGCCGCCUCGCCGAAAAUUUAAAUACAUUCCGAUUGCUUUACUGGAAGAACAGCAACUUGAGGCUGCAGAACAGGUUGAAGAUGAAUCUAACUCUAUCGAUAAUGAGCCAACUGAAACAGAGGCCACUCCCAAGAAUGAGGUUUUAGAUGAGAAACCUGACAUUAAUGACGUUCCUAUGGAAGAAAAUGAGGACAAUAAUCAGGUAGUAUGCCAAGAUCUGAAUGAAAGCACUUUGGAUUUAAGUUUGGGCUUGAAUGCGCAUGAAAGUGAUAAUGGUUCUGCUCUAAAUACUGAACAAACCAGAAAUGGUUAG